AUGUCAAACCAAUCAGAUAAGGAGAAUAAUUUGUCUACGAUCCCCGUCUUGGCGUUACAGACCCCAAAUACGAAUUUCGUAAAGAAAAAUACUACCUCUACUAGAAUAUCACCUUUAAAGCGAUUACAACAACAGGGUAAACUACCACUACAAUCCAAAAAUGGGAAUAAAUCAAAUAGUAUCUUGAUAAGUCACAAAGGAAAUAACACAAGGAUAAAAAAGUACGGUUCGAUUUUAGGGCUAGAAAACCCGGGCAAUUUUAAGCUACCUAAAACAAAGAGUCUAAUAUUGAAAGAUAAUGAAAGUUCAGAAUCCGAGGAGGAAGAUGGACUCUUGAAUCGUAAACUCAAAGAAGCUCUGAGUCGAUCCCAAAAUGACGAAGAUAGAGAAGGAGAUGGAAGUGUGGGUUUGUUUGCGAAAGAGGCUUUUCAAAAUCACAUAAGUAAUGAUGACGACAGUGAAAUUGAUAUUAUAAAUGGUAAAGAGAAAGAUGUUGAGCUAUCAUAUAUUCCAGACCACUACGAAGUCAUUGCUGCAGAUGAAAUCGAGAAGCUUAAGCAGGUGAAUUUGGGAACGAGAUUCAAGAGCUCAGCGAGCAGUGGGCUUAAUGAUAAUGACAGUACGAUCCAAUUUUUAGAACUAGAACACGUAUCAGAUAGUGACACUGAGGAGAACAUUGAUCCUUCUUACAACGGCGUUAACAGGAUCGGUAAAAACAGUACGAAAAGUAAGAGCAUUGAUUUCGAUAUAACAGAGGAAAUCGGCACAAAAUAUGCUGGCAGCGGGCUCGAUGACGACGACAUAGAAGCCAUGCUAAGAGAUCUGUGA